AUGGACCGCAAGAGCGAGCCUGUGCCGCAGACAGCCACCGCGGCCACCGUGACCAAGAGCGGCCGCGCCAGCAAACCAUCGACACCAGCGUUGCCGAACUUUCCCGACGCCGUCGUGCGCUCGCGUACGUCGCGCAACGCGGACGGCAAGGACGCAGGCAAGCGCAAGAAGAGCACCUCGACUACGGCGGUGCAGGCGGCGCAGACAGCGCGUUCCAUAGAGGAGGGUGCCAGGAACGGGAGCGGUGGCGUCGGUCUCGGUGCUACCGCCGCACCGGGCGAGGAAGAGGAGGGCGACAUUGACGCGGACGAGCCUCGAUACUGCUACUGCAACAGCGUGAGCUACGGCGAGAUGGUGGCGUGCGACGCCGACACGUGUGAGCGCGAGUGGUUCCAUCUCGAGUGCGUGGGGUUGAAGGUGGCACCCAAGGGAAACGCGAAAUGGUUCUGCGAGCCGUGCAAGAAGCGUCUGACUGCCGCGGGCAAGAAGGUCAAUGGCAGAUAG